AACGUGGACAAAUUCCGGUUUGACAGUUGAUAACAACAACAUCCUCAAGAGUUUUGGAAUUGACGAUAUGUGUAAUUAGGUGGUCUCAAUUUUUUCAUUCAAGUGAAUGAAAUCAGAGAUGGAAUAUUUCCGAAGCGGCCUGAAAUCUGUGUUGGGAGCACCAGCUCCCGACCAACAAAUAACAGGAGCAGAAACAGUUGAAAGACUUGUGAGCAGAGUUAGUACUUCUACACUUCUUGAAGAUAGGAGGGAUGCUUGUAGAGCACUCAAAGCCUUAUCGAAAAAAUAUAGAGUUGAAGUUGGAGCUCACAGUAUGGAUGUACUGAAACAGGUCUUAGAAUUGGAUAGAGCAGACUGUGAAAUCAUUGGGUAUUGCCUAGAUACUCUGUGUAAUAUUACCUCCAGAGAACCUUUCGAGGAAGAGACUGAAUCUUCACUAGCUAUAAAUGUUAAUAUUGGAGAGCAAUUCACAGAAAUGUUCAUUAAAAAUACAGAAAGUGUCUCAUUAGUAUUGAGUUUUUUGGAAGAAUACGAUUUUAGAGUAAGAUGGCCAGCUGUUAAAUUAAUAACAUCUCUAUUAGCCAACAAGCCCAAAGAGAUACAAGAUAUAAUAUUAGUCAGCCCGAUGGGUGUAUCAAAAUUGAUGGAUUUAUUGGGUGAAAGUAGGGAAGUCAUCAGGAAUGAUGCACUCCUAUUGUUAAUCAAUUUAACAAAGAACAAUGCAAAUAUUCAAAAAAUCGUGGCAUUCGAGAAUGCUUUUGACAGAUUAUUUGAGGUUAUAAUUGAGGAAGGCUUAACAGAAGGUGGUAUUGUUGUUGAAGACUGCUUGAUCUUGAUGCUCAAUUUAUUGAAAAACAACACUAGUAAUAUAAAUUUUUUCAAAGAGGGUUCUUACAUUCAAAAGAUUGCUCCUAUGUUGAUUCUGCCCGAUAACCUAGAAGAAAUUGGUUGGAGCCCUCAAAAAGUUUCAAACAUGCAUUGCGUUCUACAGCUAGUUCGAACGUUAGUCAGUCCCAACAAUCCUAUUCAAAUUAUUACUGCCUGCCAAAAAAGUAUGAGAAAUGUGAACCUUUUGGAAGCCUUAUGUAAUAUACUGAUGGCAAGUGGAGUACCAGCAGACAUUUUAACAGAAACUAUCAACACUGUUGCUGAAAUAAUAAGAGGAAACCUAACAAAUCAAGAAUACUUUGCCAAUGUCAUGGCACCUUCCAAUCCCCCACGUCCAGCCAUUGUUGUCUUAUUGAUGUCGAUGGUUAAUGAAAAGCAACCUUUUCAACUUCGUUGUGCUGUUUUAUACUGCUUUGAAUGCUUUUUGUACAAGAAUGAGAUUGGUCAGGGCCAAAUUAUUCAAACACUACUUCCUAGCUCUUUAGCAACGUCAGACGUCACUACUGGUCAAUUAUUGUGUGGUGGAUUAUUUAGCAAUGACAGUUUAAGCAAUUGGUUUUCCUCAAUCUCUCUUUCACACUGCUUAAUUGACAAUCCAGCGCAAAAAGAACAGUUAUUGAGGGUUAUGAUAGCCACUAAUCUAGGUGCACAGGCAAUAGGCUUGUUACAUCAAAGUGUGGUGUAUCUUCAGCAAAGUAACAAACUCCAAUCUAAAAUUGGAAUUCUGAUGCUUUUAGCAAUGUGGCUAUCACAGUGUCAACAAGCUGUUCAAGUAUUUCUUAACAUUCCAGGUGCCAUGGCAUUUUUAACAGCACAAACUUCAGCAAGUGAAUAUGACAAUAACGAAGAACUGAUACAAGGCAUAUGUGCUUUUAUAAUGGGCCUUUGUGUAGUUUUCAAUGAUAACUCUGUUCAGAACUAUUCUAAAGAAAAUCUUUCUCAGCUUAUCGAGAAACGUGUUGGUAUCGAGACAUACUGUAAAAAGUUGAAUGAGAUAUCGAGACAUGAAGUUUAUGCAAGGGCUGCUAAGCAACCUCAAAUACUGGCAAAGCAUUCAAGUGAACUUUUGCUGGAGUUUGAGUUUUGUAAGCUAUUCAAGUCAUUCGAAGGUGUCAUUAUAAAUGCUUUGGGCGUGCAAAGGGAUCUCCAAAAUGGCAUAUCGGAAUUGAGUUUGAGCGAACAUGAAAAUGCUCUGCUGUUGCAGUACAAGGAGUUGAUCAGAGAUCAAGAUAGGAAACUGCAUGAUUUACAAAAAGCCUUCAAUAGUGCACAAAGAGAGAAAGAAAUGCUGAAGAAUGAACUCGAGGAACUUCGUCAAACUAAUUCCCAAUUAAAUGAUCAGAAUACGCUCCUAAAAGUUCAAUUAGCCACCAAUUCAACAGCAAACAAUGUAGAUCAUAACUGUAUUGAGCCACAAGAACCCCUUACGAUCAAAAAAGAAAUAGUCGUAAAUGAAGAGCUCCAAAAAUUGAAGGAUGAGCUGAAGGAAAAAUCAGAUGAACUUGAACAUUUACGAAAGGAUCAGGAGGAUCUCUUGGAACUUCUGACUGAUCAAGAUUGUAAACUUACUGUUUUCAAAAAUCGAUUGAGAGAAUUGGGGGAAGUUUUGGAAGAUGAUGAUUCAGAGAAUGGUUCUAAUUCUGAAAAUGAGAUAUGAGAAUUGUAUAGUUUAGUUGUAAGUGAUAUUGUUAUGUUUAUUUAUUGUAUUAUUCAGUGUGCAAGAUGUAAGUUUUAUAUUCACCAUGCAUUGAAAUAUAGCCUUUAAGUAU